ACUUGCUGAGAACCUGCUGCUGCUUUUCUAUCGAGACAGCAGUUGUUGCUCCGCGAGCGAUAGAGACGCUCUGUCUUUCCUUGAAAUACGACUGUUGAGCGAAAUUAGGCUACUUCCAUGUCAAAACGAAAUGCUACCUUUCAAUUUGAUUAGAUAACAGGAACGAAUUGUCAAGUAAAAGUACAUUGACUCACGGUAAUAACCUUUGCUGAGGCUUUGACACUUGGAACAGUGUCAAACGAGAAGUGAGAAGAGCUAACGACCUCCCCUAUCCCCCUCUCUUUACGACUUUUACCUCCCCUGAGAUGAGUGCCAAGUCAGCCAUCAACAAAGAGGUGUUCACACCCCACGAUGAGAAGAUGCUGGUGGCUGUGCAGGUGAAGAGGAGGACCAAGAAGAAGAUCCCCUUCCUGGCUACUGGAGGACAGGGAGACUACAUGACCUUCAUCUGCCUCUCAGUGACUAAUAAGAAGCCGUCCCAUGUGUCCAUCACCAAGGUGAAGCAGUUCCAGGGCUCCUUGUCCUUCAGUAAGAGGUCAAUGUGGACCAUCGACCAGCUGAGACAGGUCAACGGCUGUGACCCCAACCGAUCUCUUUUUCCCAAGGACUGUCCGGAGUUUGACUUGGCGUUCGACAAUGCCUUUGACCAGUGGGUGGCUGGUUCGGCCGGUGAGAAGUGCACCUUUAUCCAGAUCCUCCACCACACCUGCCAGCGCUACAGCUCUCAGAGCAAGCCAGAGUUUGUCAACUGUCAGCCCAAACUGCUGGGAGGUAACAGUAUACUCCACUCGGCAGCAGACAGUGUGACCAGCGCUGUACAGAAGGCCAGCCAGGCGCUGAACGAGCGAGGGGAGCGCUUAGGCAGGGCUGAGGAGAAAACAGGGGAGAUGAAGAACAGUGCUGAGCAGUUCGCCGUCACUGCACACAAGCUGGCCAUGAAGCAUAAAUGUUAAACUUUGAGGAGAGGGGUCCACCAAGCGUGCCAGAUGCCAUAGGGCAGGUUUCAGAUUGUAUUAUUUGUAUUUCUUGUAACGAAGGUAACAUUUAUUUGUUUCUAACGAAGAUCUGAUGACGAGGAGGGGGGAGAGAAAGAGGGACGGAACACAGAUGAGACGGUUGAGAGCAAAUGUUUCACGGCUAACUCUUAUUUUACUCCCUCCAUUGCUCCCAUAGUACUCCUUGACCUUACUGUGACAAACCAUGGAAAUGACUGACUGGUCACUGCCCUCCCCACCCCAACACACACACACACCACCGUCCAAAUCCCCCUAAAAGGAACAGGUAUUCAACUCCCUCAAAGAAGUGACUUUACAUACGGUGCUGGAAGAGGAGAAUAUAACUGCAGCAGAGUGUAUGACAUGACACAUGCAUAUCAUAUGAUGGCUAUUUUACUGUACAGAGUCAGCAAUGUACACCCCAGUAUGUGAACAUCAACUUGUCUAAAGGAGAUGAGUUCUUCACUCUCUUUUGUCGUUUGACUAUUUGGCAUCAUAUUGUUUUGAAAAGCUCAUUGGUGCAUACAUUCAUUUCAGAUGUAAUAUUAGCCAAAUGUGUGGAGGACAUUCUCAUGUGGCUUCUAAAAACUACUGCUGCAAGCUUACAUUUCAACCAAUAUGGUAUGUUUUCCAAGUUUAAUAUUCUGCAAAACAGUCUGUGAGCUAUUCAUUAAAGUGACCAAGGGUUCAGGUGCAUGGUCUACCAAAAUCCACUUUCAUUAUAAAAGGUUGAAUAAAACCCACACAGAAAAAACAAGUAUUUAGGCUUCACUGUUGGUAUUUCUUAAGUGUUAUUGAAGCGCUUGGCUGUAUGGACGAGAUCAGACGGUUUAUUGUAAGGUAAGAGACUACUGUAUCGUUGUAAAUUAGCUAGUGUAACAAGCUUAUAAGACUGUAAUCAGAUCAUUCUACCACCAUUUGCAAUGUAAUUGGUGUCGAAUCAUCCCUGUAAAUAUAAUUUUGAUUGUAAUCCUUUCAACUCCAACCUUGGUCACAUCUUGUACUUAUAGUUUAACUUGUGUUUAUAUAAAGUUUUUUGUUCUGAUAUGUAAAGCAGCAUAUUGACACAUCAUCACUAGCAGCAUUGUACAAUAUUGGUCUGCAUUCACUGUGUAACCGUGGCUUCCUUACAAGCUAUUUGAAGCAACUAAACCCCCCGCAGUGUGGAUAUGUCUUGUUUAUUACGCUUAUAUUUUGGAUUUGUCCAACCGUCACAAUGCACUGACAACCUUACCUUGCAGCGAGCACCGUUAAGUUCUUACUGAAAUUCUAGUUGCCUCAAAUUCUAAUCCGCUUCAUCCUUACAUUUUGGAUGUUCAUUGUUUUAAAUAAAAAAAUAUUGAAAGUAA